AUGUCGGACGACUCGGACUAUGAUCCUGAUUACGUGCCUUCAUCGGAAUCUACUUGUAGUACCGAUAGUGAUGGAUACUCCGAUAGCGAAAGCACCGAUGAAGAUGUCACUGCGCAGAGUUUACAUCAAACUCAAAGGGACCGCCCCGUACAACAAUCGGUAGACAGUAGUGGUCAAUGGAGUAUACCAACUGGCUCUCGUCAAAAACAAUUCCCUUUAGCUUUUACAUCUGGUAUAAAAAAUAUUCCCGACACGUGUAAGACCGAACUGGAUUAUUAUAGUUUGUUUGUGGACGACGAAAUAAUUAACCUGAUGGUGACCAUGACUAACUGUUAUGCGAAUAAAACUAUGAUACUUAAAGUUUUGAGACGAUCAAGUAGACUAGUAGAUUGGAAGGAUUGUGAUCAAAAUGAAAUUAAAAAAUUCCUUGGUCUGCUGAUAUGGAUGGGUAUAAAAAAACUGCCUAAGAUAUCUGAUUACUGGAGUAAGAAUAUAUUAUACAAAAAUCCCGUAGCUGGUUCAGUAAUGAGCCGAAAUCGCUUUGAAUUGCUGCUGCGGUGCUGGCACUUUGAGGAUACAUAUUUUUAUUUGUCAUCUAAUGCUGGCAGACUUAUCCGAGUAAAACGUCUGGUUGACUUGAUAACCAAAAAAUUUCAGAACUAUAACACACCUGGAGAAUAUCUAACAGUGGAUGAGACAAUGGUUGCCUUCCGUGGCAGGAUUGUUUUCAUGCAAUAUAUCCCUGGGAAGAAGCACAAAUAUGGGAUAAAACUGUUCAAAAUAUGUGAUGAAAAUGGUUAUGUACAUGAUCUGAUUGUAUAUGAAGGUCGAUUACUUGGCCAGAAUAAACUAACGAAAGAAUGCUCAAAAGGGUUAAAAGAUCUUCUCGAUACAACAAAUGAAUGCUUGAACAGUCUUUCAAAUUUUGAAAUUGAUACCUCCUCCUGGGAUCCUUUGGUCGUUCAUCUCCUAGUCUCCAAGAAUAACGAAGGAAUGGCGCAGAGCCACGCGGACUCGCCACCAACUAAAAGGAGGCGAGUCGACUAUUCCCCCGAGAUGAGGGGAACAAAAUCUAAUCCUAUCAAUGAUAGUAUGAAACGAAUUGAAACUACAUAA